UAUAUGUGUGCGUUUGUCAAUGGAAAGAAAUUUAAUAUUAGUGUGUGUUUAUGUCAUCUCCCGCGUAAAAACGUUGAGAGUUUAGCAAUAUUAAUCAUUUCAUUUUUUUUCAACAGUUGAUAAUAUUUUAAGAUCUGAAUGUUCGUUAAAAGAUUAUGGGGACAAUAGAAAUCACAUUUCCUCCUGGAGGGCCAGGAAAAAUAUUGAAAUGGAGAGUCCGAAUGGAUACAAUGGUUUCAGCGGGUAGAGUGUUGUUUUUAUAUCAAAACAUCACUCCAGGAGCUGAAGAUAAUAAGAGUCCUGAGAAAAAAUACCGUGCUACAAAAUUUGGUCGUGUUACAAAAUUUUUGGUAAAGGAAGGAGAUGUUGUUCAACCUGGGCAAGUGGUAAUGACCCUAGAAGGAUGUCGUCAUCCUACUGUAAUGAAGGACUUAUGUGCAGAAUGUGGAGUAGAUUUAAGGGUUGAAGGAAUUGGUAAAGAAAAUGAAAAUAUAAAAAUAUUACAAGCUAGUGUACCAAUGGUACAUAGUGUACCGGAGUUAAAAGUCUGUCCAGAAUUAGCUGAAAAAAUUGGAAAAGAAGAUGAACAGCGUUUAUUAAAUGAUCGCAAAUUAGCAUUACUUGUUGAUCUUGACCAAACAAUUGUUCAUACAACAAAUGAUAAUAUUCCUCCUAAUAUGAAGGAUGUUUAUCAUUACCAACUUUAUGGUCCAAAUUCUCCUUGGUACCAUACUCGUUUAAGGCCUAACACUAGACACUUUCUUUCUGAAAUGAGUCGUUUAUACGAAUUGCACAUAUGUACAUUUGGAGCAAGGAACUAUGCGCAUACUGUAGCAUCAUUAUUGGAUAAAGAUGGAAUUUUAUUUUCUAAUAGAAUACUUUCACGAGAUGAAUGUUUCGAUCCUGCGUCAAAAACAGCUAAUCUUAAGGCUUUAUUUCCUUGUGGAGAUGAUCUAGUAUGCAUUAUAGAUGAUAGAGAAGAUGUAUGGCAGGGAUGUGGAAAUUUAGUCCAAGUUAAGCCUUAUCAUUUUUUUCGUCAUACCGGUGAUAUACAUGCACCACCGGGAUUAGAGAAAAAUGAUGUGUCGGUUCUACCUGAAUUACAAAGUACAAAUGAAAUGAAUAACGAUGAUAAUCCAGAUGAAUCGGGUGUUAAUGGUGCACCUGAAUCGACAAACGAAGAAGCUGCAUCAGAUAAUAAUUGUAAAGAAGAAAUUCAGGAAAUAACUGAAAAUAAAGAAAAUGUAAAUGAGUUUUUAGAACAGAACGAUGCGAAUACCAAAGAUGAUACAAACACUAGCUCCGAUUUAAAUCCUAACACGAGUAAUGAAAAUCAAGAUAAUAAAACAGAAGAAGCGAAAGAAAAUUCAAUAUCAGCUAAUUUAACGCAAGAUGUUAAAAGCGAGGAUAAAACUUCGAAUGAAAAUAAUAUUAUAGACGAAGACGACGACGAUUACUUAUUAUAUCUGGAAGAUAUUCUUCGGAGGAUUCAUGCCGAAUUUUAUGCUACUAUAGAAAAAGAAGGUCGCGCCUCGUUACGAGAUAUUAUUCCACGAGUUAGGGCACAAGUAUUGAAAGGAGUACAUAUUACUUUUAGUGGAUUGAUACCUACUCAUCAGAAACUUCAUCAAAGUCGCGCGUAUAAAGUAGCUAGGGCAUUUGGAGCAGAAGUAUCACAAGAUUUGACAGAUAAAACUACCCAUUUAGUUGCUAUUAGACCAGGUACAGCGAAGGCCAAUGCCGCCAAGAAAAAUCCAAAUAUAAGAAUUGUAAAUCCAGAUUGGCUUUGGACAUGUGCGGAACGUUGGGAACAUGUCGAUGAACGUUUAUUUCCACUUACUGCAAAGGGUCGUGCUUCUAGAAUACCGCCACCACAUUGUAGUAGCCCAGAACGCAUAGAAGAACAAGAGAAAAAUAUAGAAGAUAGUUUUGCUGAUAGUAUUAAUCCGCUAAUGUCAUUUACACCAGAGGAAAUAGAAAUUAUGGAUAAAGAAGUUGAAGAAGAUAUGGAUGAUCAAGAAGCGGAUGUACCUGUUUUCGAUGUCGAAGAAGUAGAAAGUGCAAGGGAUAUUGAGGAGUUAGGAGAAUUAGCGGAGAUAGCAGAUAUAGGUGAUACAGAAGAGUGUGAUAAGAAAAGUUAUAGAGAUUCGGAUUCUGAAGAUUUGAAACGUAGAAAAAGAAAGAAGAGGAAUGAGACAAGUGAGAAAAAGAAGUUACUUCCGGAUAGGAAGAGAAAAAAGUUUUGUAAUGAAAGUUCUGAAGAUGAUACUUCUUCGAGUGAAAACGAUGAUGACGACCCCGUAACACGUUUCAGAAGAGGAGAAAGUUUGCCUGAUGAUUUAGAUUUAGGUGAUAAUUCGCAAGAUUCAGUUGAAGAUCUUGAAUUAAUGGACAAUGAAGAUGAACGAGAAUGGAAUGCAAUGGGUGCAGCUCUUGAAAGAGAAUUUCUUUCAGAGUAAUUUACUGUAGGAUGGCUUUCUUUGCUUUUUUUAAUCAGAUCCUUACAUUGAUUGUAAAUUUCAGAUCGGUGAAUUUUAUUAGUUAUGGAUAAUAUUUAAAAUAAUUUUACAAGGAGUUUGUAGAGUUCUGACUCAAAUAGUUUAAGGUAAUUUUAUAAAGAGUUCAAAAUAAUAAUGAAUAAGCUUAAUAAGAAAAAAUACGAAGCAUUGUUUUGUAUUUAACUAUUACAAUUAAACAGACAAAAUCAAAUAUGUUUUUAAUAAAUUAUAGUUUUAUUAACAUCGAUUUUGUCAGUUUCUAUUAAAAUUGUGCGUACACGCAUUAUCGCGUGUAAGCACAUGUAAAUAAUGAACAUAUGUUUAUUCAUAUGUAUAAGAUGAAUUUUAACAAUUAGCUAUUCAAAUAAUCAGACACAUUUUUAUUUUCGAAACUUAUAUUUCAAUUUAAGAUAUACUACACAAUAAAUCAUGAUUUUUGUUUCAGAAA